AUGGCUAGGCGACUUAAGCGUUUGGACACUCAUUUUAUUGUGCGGUAUUUGUGUGACGAUGAACUGCAAGUGAGAAAUCGUGUGUCCUUCAAGUGUGAUGGAGACUCUACAAUUAGUGUUGGACUUGAGUAUGAUGUACAGUGGGGUAAACCAAAAGAAGUGGACAGGGCUGUUGUGUUGUUUUCUGGGACUGAACAGCAGAUGCGGGAGAAAAUUAAGGAUUUGUUGGUACCUCUACCAAACCCAGUUGCAGCAUCCUCAACCCCCCCAUCCAGAUCAACUUCCCCACCAAGACUGCCAUCCCAACCCAGCUCACCAACAUCUCCACGAUCCCCAACCCCACCCAGAUCACCUUUGUCAGCCCCUUCUCCAAAACGCAGGAAGACAACGGCUAAUCUGACUUCACGAACGGCAUCAGGGUAUCCCUCAGCCCAGUUAGAGUCACUCACUCCAAUCCCAACGCCAGCGUCAACAACCCCAGUUGUGCGUUUCCGCCCUUACCGGACUUCGACAAAUGACGACGAUUUGGUGAAGGCGCUAAUGAGAGAAGUCAAGGAAAUGCGACAGACUCUGGAUGUUAUCAACAAAAAACUUGAUGCGUCGAAUAGGAGGGGAACAGCGUCAGAUUUACAAUUAAAGACAGUGCUUGCUAAUACAAACAUUCUUAUCGAUGUGGUCAGGAAAAUCCCAGCUGCAAGUGGAGUGGAGUUCCUGCAAACCAGUGAUCCUAUUGCUGAUACGAUGAGUGACAGUAGUCCUGGAGAUGUGUACCAAGGUGUUCCCGAAGAAUAUCAACUUCCAGAUACCGUCCUCAGAGACAUGAUUAAGGAAUCAAGGAACGCAGGAAAUUUCGCAGUUAAUCUCACAAGGAAGAUCUUCCCCGAACUGUACGGUGAGGGCAACCUGCGAAUGGAGUACAACUGGUACGGUGGUGGAAAACUCUCCAAAAAAGAACUGGAUCCAGCGAGAAAGCAAGUGGUGAGGCGCUAUGUGUGUUACUUCUUCCCAGAAUUCAAACCCGAGGAUUCCUGGAGGGAGAGGAUCGUCUCCAAAAUAAACGAGUCACUGAGGCGAAAUGACAAAAGACUAAAGAAGGAUAGUGUCAAUCUUGUGAUGCCCUCUGUGCCAGAAAGUGACCUUGGUUGCUCCGAUGACGUCUUCACCUUUAAUGACUAA